GGGGCCCAAGUUUGGUGUUCGGGGCUGUAUGGAAUCGCAUAGGAACUGGGUUCAGGAGUUUGAGAGGAAUAAGAUGCAAGCCAGCCCCAUCCGCAUCCCAACUGUUAGCAAUGACACGGACUGGGACUCCUGCUUCCAUCUGUCACAGGAAACCAAGAUCCCAGCACACCAGCAAACAGAUGUGUUGUAUUCUUCUUGUGGGUCUGGAGAGAGUGAAGAAGAAACUAAAUCUGGGGAGGAGGAAGGGGAGGAGGACACAGACUGUAGGUUUCUUCCUAAAGACGAGUUAGCUCAAUGUCAGAAGAAAAGUGCUCAACUGAUUAAGGAAAAAAUGAAUACCCAAGCAAACAGGGAACUGAUUCGAUGUGUCAUCCUUUCUCGGAUUAUUUUUGGAGAAAAUCACUGGAAAUGUGCACAGGCUUUGGUCAGCCUAGCUUAUGGCUAUCUGACGCUAAGAGGCCUCCCAGUUCAGGCUAAGAAGCAUGCUGAGUCUGCCAAGAGCACGCUGUUGACCUGGAAGUCCAACAUGACCUCACAAAAGGAUAAAAGAGAAAUUCUGGAAGCUCUGGUCAUGCUCUAUUACACUCUGGGGGUGGCCUGGCUCCUGCAGAACCAUGGCAGAGAGUCCUAUUUCAACCUACAGAAGGCAGCAAGAAACCUGAAGGAACUGAAAGAGUUCCAUCAGGGAGGCAUUUGUGGAUUACAAGUCUCAGAGAAAGACCUAACAAUUGCUUUGGGCAGAGCCUCCUUGGCCAUCCACAGGCUGAAUCUAGCUCUGGCAUACUUUAAAAAGGCGAUUGGCGAUGUUGUUGCUGCCAAAGGUGAUAGGACGCCAGAUCUGAUUAGUCUAUAUGAGGAAAUUGCUCAGAUUGAACAGCUGAGGAGGAACCACGACCAGGCCAUCCAGUACUUGCACCAGAUGCUGUUGAGGUAUAUUUUAUAAAAAGUAUCAGUGCAUAUCAAGCAACACUGGGCUCAGAAGAUUUUGAAACACUGAGUACCAUUGAAGAUUUUUGCAAGUGGCUUAUCCAAAAUGGGGAAAAACAGG